AUGACUUUGGAAUUGGAUGAUUUUUCAUUUGAAUUCAUACCAAACACUGUGGAAAUAUUGAGAGUUUACUCAUAUAAUAUUCAAUCAAAUUCUUUAGAUUUUCAUUCCCUAUCAUCGACAAAGAAACUUCCUUCUUUGGAGGGAGAUAUAAAGAUAAUUAAGCAACAACAACAACAACAACAACAAUUUCAACAACAUAAUAUGUUUCAACAACAGCAAGAAUUUAGUCCUCAAACCUCUGAUAUGAGGAAUAUAAAUGGAGUUGUUCCAAAUGGUAUUUGUGUUGUUGGUAAUGGUCAUGCACAAGUCAAUGGAACAUCUACGAAAUUAAUUAACAAAUUGAAACGAAGAAUGGAUGAAGAGAAUGAAGAUCUAGAGAGUAUUAGAAACAACAAGAAAUAUCUGUCGCAAACAAUGGCCGACAGAAUCGGUGUACUCUCACUCGACGAUACCAGCGAUCAUCUAUUUCAACCGAAUAAUAAUAACCAACAACAUGAACAUACAAAACCAUUACAUUUCUUUAAUGCCAAUAACAACAACAAUAAUAAUAACAUUAACAUUAACAUUAAUAACAAUAAUUAUGAUAUAGAUUUCGAUUUUAAUAAUAAUAAUAAUAACAAUAAUAAUAAUAAUAACAACUAUAAUAAUGUAAAUAAUAUAAAUGAUAUGAAUUUAACAAACGAUAAUACAAAUAAUAAUAGCAAUAGUAAUAGUAAUAUUAUGUUUAAAUUACAACCAACUCCUCUCAUUAUCAAUAAUAAACAACUUGCAUUGAUACCACAGAAUCAGAAAUCAAAUGACAGUAGUAGUAAUGGUAUCACCUAUUUGACGAAACCAAAGAAUGAUACACUCGAGAGACUUAUCAGAUCUGAAAGUAAUCUUAGAAUGAUGGAUAUGAUGCCACCCAAUGAUAUAAAGUCAUUACUAUUCCCAAACAGUAAACCUUUAAACUAUAUUUCACCUGUUAAACCUAUAGAUAUACCUGAAAAUAAAAAUCAAUCAUUGAUAUUAUAUACAGAACCAAAAGAAAUAAUACAUGAUUCAAUUAAAAAACAAAUUGAAAAAAGAAAAGAACAACUCAAACAAAAUCAACAACACCAAAAGAAAUUGGAUACUGUUGAAGAAGAAGAUGAGAUAUUGAUUGAAGUUUCACCUACCUGUCAAACCAACUCUGAUCUUAACAACUCAAAAGAAGAUAAACCAACACCAAUGGAAAUAUUAUUAUUAUUGUUAAACUUUAAUACUAACUUGCAAACUAAUGUAAUAAAGAAUAAUAAUAAUAAUAUAACAAUAUUUGUAAUUGUAAAAAAUAUCAUUGUUAUAAACUUUUAUUUCAUACUAAAGAAGGUCAGACCUCUCUACAUUAUAAUUAAAUUAAAAUUAAAAGUAAACUAUUAUUAG